AGCCCGGUUCGAGAAUUGAGUUCACCACAACUCUCAUCCGGGGACGAGUUCUACAACUGGUUCGACGAUGAGCUCUUCAAAGCUCUCGAACCUGUCGUGGGCAGAGCUGCGUGACCGGGCUCGCCGCAUCGGCCGUCGUUGGAGCUCCGAGGAGCUGCCGACCGGGAAUGCCACCACCGCAGAAGAGCAACUGUCGGUUGUGCAGGUUGACUCAGAGGGUGAAGUUGAGAGGCGAGCAGAGAAACUGAACGUGGAAGAGGUUUUGGAAAUCGAACCGCCAGCCACGGAAGAGCUUCCAAACGUCACCAACAAACAGCAGCAGCUUUCGACAGCAUCGGUCACCACGACUGCGACUUCACUACCAACACUGUUUGCAGCGGUUGGACAAUCAUCCAAGGCUGCCGAUGGUACUUUCGCGGUCGUGAGUGUAGAAGAAGGUGUUCCUGCUUCUUCCAUCCUUGUUCCCGACAGUGAGAAGACCAACGCCUUGGAAGAAGAAAUCCAAACCGAGGGUUUGGAGGGGAGACCAACACCGCGUCAUGUAGCAAGCUGGCGGUCUCGGAAGAAGCCGAAGACGGACGAAGAGGAGUCCGGGGCCGCCGCGUCAGCCAUCCCUACUACACCGAACGACAUUGGGGGCUUGCCCAUGUCGCCGCCAGCCACAGUCAAGGAAGUCUGUUCGUCAAUGGAAGCUGGGAUGGAAACGAAGAUGGCGUCGCCGGGUAACGACUCGAAGGAUUCGUCGGCGAACGAAGUGGACGAGGAUGGCUCUCUCUCUCUCCCGAUUGAGGGCGAACCUCAGUCGCAGUUGAAGAGGAAUCCGCCGGAGAUGGAGAAGGAGAGAGGCAGUGUUGAGCUUCCUCGCGCGUUGCCAGAGGUGGAGAGGAAGGAGGCCGUUGACGGCGGGACCCUCUACCCGUCGAGGAAGAAGAAGAAGAAGUGGAAACCGGAGCGCGGAGUCGGAACCAAUCGACGACUCCAAGCAGGGCCAACAAAGGGUCGCCGAGUCAUCUCACUGUCGUUGCGAGGUGCACGGCGCUUGUCGGCAGUUCCACUUGCGGUGAUGAAGGUCAGAAAGUCGAUGCUGGAGACCGGCGGAACGGAGAGGAGCGUAGCGGCGUUGAGCACGCUCCCUGGCCGGCGGAUGAGUGCUCCGCUGGCGAAGAAGUUGGAGGAGGCGAAUCACGACGUUGGCUAUCAGCGAGGAUGCGAAGCAGAGGAGCAGAUGCGGCGGGUGUCCGCGACGGUGACCCGAAUCGCCCAGACGCCGCGAUCUGCUGUUGUGGAGCCAACGGAGUAGAAGAAGAAGGGAUCGUCGGAGGUGAGCUCGACAGGGACGAGCGUUACCAGAGAGUGGCCACCGUCGGAGGAGGGAUCGAAGCUGAUGACGACCGAAGUCAUGGAAGGCGGCGACGGCAGACCCCUGCUCCCAUACGAGCCGCGGCGACUCUUUCCCUUCCACGAAUGGCUGCCGCAGCGAAGCGAAGUGAGCCCAAGCACAAUGGCAGCUUACACUACUAGGCCUGGUCCUGGGCCGAAAUGGGUUCAGAUCGAGGGUGAUGAUGAGCCAUGGAGAAUGGGCGAACCGGAUCAGCGGAUUGGGCCAGAGUUCAUAGUUGCGUGGGCUGAGCAAGGGUUCGGAUCUGGGCCGAGGUUUGCUAGCCAAAAAGUUGAGUGGGCUGAGCAAGGGCUCGGAUCUGGGCCGAGGUUUGCUAGCCAAGAUGUUGAGGAAGGUCACGGGCUGGCAAUUAAUAAAAAGUCUGAUGGGCU